AUGACCGAACCCCCCCUCGCCCCCCCAAUCUCUCCUCCACCUACCCCCCAAACCUCACUCCCCCUUCACACCCCACCCCCUCCCUUCUCACCCACUUCCCUAACCCAAAUAACCCAAGGCGCAGAAGCCCUUCUUUACCGCACCCCCUUCCUCACCGGCUCCACCCCCUCCAUCCUCAAAUACCGACCCCCGAAACCAUACCGGCACCCGACUCUAGACCGGCGCCUCACCCGCCAACGCUUACUUGCCGAGGCGCGGAGUUUACUGCGAGUGAAGAAGGAAGGGGUGAAUGUGCCUGGGGUGUUGGGUGUGGAUGCUGAGGCAGGAUGGAUGGUGCUUGAGUGGAUUGAAGGAGCCACGGUUCGGGGUGUGCUUGAUGGGUGGGCCAGGCGGGCGGAAGGGGCCGGAGACGAACAAGACAUGAUGACAACCCUCAUGUCCCGCAUAGGUCGGGAAAUCGGUAAACUCCACGCCGUAGGAGUUUGUCAUGGGGAUUUGACUACGAGUAAUAUCAUGGUUCGCUCCCCGCCAUCAUUACGAGGAGAAGUAGAGGGGGGAAGAGACGAGCAAGAAGAAGAAGAAGAAGAAGAAGAAGCAAAAAGAUUAAUCCGCCACGGUACCAUCUACCUCAUCGACUUUGGCCUCACCAGCGCAUCCAUAGCAGAUGAAGACAAAGCUGUAGACCUAUACGUCCUAGAACGUGCAUUCAGCGCCACGCAUCCUGCAGCUGAGUCGCUUUUCACCGAAGUGCUGCGGGCGUAUGGGGAGACGGGCAAAGGAGCAAGGAGUGUGUUGAAGAGGUUGGAAGGGGUGAGGUUGAGGGGAAGGAAGAGGAGUAUGCUUGGUUAG